GACUCUGGGUUUUGGUGUCUGCCUCCGAGCGCGUGUGUCAGAGUGUGUGUAUGUUGGAGGGAGAAAAGAGAUAAAGGGAGAGAGAGAAAGGGAGGGAGAGGCAAGCAGCGUUUCUUCUCCCCCCUUUAGCCUCCCCGUCUCCCUGCUCCCUGUCACUCCAUCCUUCCUCCCCUCUCCUGGACCACCCUCCAGCCCUGCUUCGAGCCGGACCGAGACCCCCCUACCACCCAGACCACCCCGGGACCCUUUGACUCUCCUCACUUCUCCAUCCCACCGACCGCAACCUCUGAGCAGUUUUUCCCUGCAGCACUUCUGCCCCUGUCUGAAAAGUGACACAGUUGCAGGAGAUGAUAUCAGUGAGGUCAGGGAUCCCUCUCGUGCCCUUUCCCUCCCUGGAGUGCUGUCUACGAUCUCAUCUGCACAAUAUCCACUGAACUCAAGUUCCUCAAUUGAUUUGAUCUAAAUACGCUUCUGCUGGCGAGGCGCAGCAAAGUGUAUCGGCCAGACAUCUGAUCCCCGUUCUGUCGGAAGGCUGCCAGCCACAGGUCACAUGACCUGGAAGAAAAAAGCUAGGAGACUUUUGGGAUCCCGCUUCGCAUGGGCUGGCUAUCAACCUGAAGGGAAGUCCAAAGGCUGAUGAACUGAUCUGUGUCUGUGUGAGACCACACUGCUCUGGUGUCCUAUAUGCCCAGGGAACACAACAUCCAGCACAAAUCUGGUGACUGGCUGGCUGGAAUACCACCUUUCUCCUUCUCCUUCUGAGGACAUCCCAUUCCAGGACCGGUCUUACCCCCUCCCCCCCAGCAUGGAGCCCACCAAAGUCCAGUCAGAGGGUGGCCUCAAUGUCACCCUCACCAUCCGCCUCCUCAUGCAUGGAAAAGAGGUCGGAAGUAUAAUUGGAAAGAAAGGGGAGACAGUAAAAAAGAUGCGAGAAGAGAGUGGAGCACGAAUCAAUAUUUCCGAAGGCAACUGUCCGGAAAGGAUCGUCACCAUCACCGGACCAACAGACACCAUCUUCAAGGCUUUCGCCAUGAUUGCCUACAAAUUUGAGGAGGACAUAAUAAAUUCCAUGAGCAACAGCCCAGCGACCAGCAAGCCCCCCGUCACCUUAAGGCUUGUAGUGCCAGCCAGCCAGUGUGGCUCCCUCAUAGGAAAAGGAGGCUCCAAAAUAAAAGAAAUGAGAGAGUCCACAGGGGCCCAAGUUCAGGUGGCGGGGGACAUGCUGCCCAACUCCACAGAACGUGCAGUGACAAUCUCCGGGACCCCAGAAGCCAUCAUCCAGUGUGUCAAACAGAUCUGCGUGGUAAUGCUGGAGUCUCCACCAAAAGGUGCCACCAUCCCUUAUCGCCCAAAGCCGGCCUCCACCCCAGUUAUUUUUUCUGGUGGCCAGGCCUACACAAUUCAGGGACAGUACGCCAUACCACACCCAGAUCAGUUGACCAAGCUCCACCAGUUGGCUAUGCAGCAAACCCCCUUUACCCCUCUCGGACAGACCACCCCUGCUUUCCCUGGUUUGGAUGCCAGUCCACCAGCCAGCACCCAUGAACUCACCAUUCCUAAUGAUUUAAUAGGCUGCAUUAUUGGACGCCAAGGAACCAAAAUAAAUGAGAUUCGACAGAUGUCUGGGGCGCAGAUCAAAAUUGCAAAUGCCAUGGAGGGCUCGUCUGAGCGUCAGAUCACCAUCACAGGGACCCCUGCUAACAUCAGCCUGGCCCAGUAUCUCAUCAAUGCAAGGUUCAGGGACGUGGCUGCCAUGUGGAAUGACCCCUCAUCCAUGACAACAUCCUGAAGUCACCCCAAAUCUGGUUCUCUUUUCAGAAGCUAACACCAAAACCAGCGCUUCACAAUUAACCACUAUGUGUUGUCCCAUGGAAUUUCCCCUAGAGUCCCUUGGUUGUGCAUAACACUUUAGCGUUAGCCUGCAGGAGACCUGUAGUAAAAGUCAGAUUAACAAGAGUGGGAUUUGUUUAAAAUUGAUGUAGCCAGUGUAUUAUUAAAAAACUAGUUUUACAUUUUGGGAAAUAUAGUUAUUAGGGUUUUAUUUAUUUAUGUAUUUAUUUAUUUAUUUUUGGUUAAAUUUAAAUAAGUAGUUCAAUACCACUCUCAUCUCUGCCAGUUAACUACAAAGCUAGGUCCCGGAGAUGGUCACCUUAGCUUAGCAAAGGCUGGAAACAGGGGGGAACAGUAUGCUUGGGUCAGUGCAAAGGUACCAAAAAACCUGUACCAGCUCAUUAAUCAACAUGGUGACUGCCUGGCAACUUCAACAAAACUCCAGGAAGUCACUGCUCUUGUCAGAGACAUAAGCUUCAGGGGCUGCAUCAGAGUCUUCAUAGACUGUGAAGGCUGAACCAAAAUGAAAUGGUCUGGUCUGAAAGAUUUCCACUUUGCGUCCUUACUGUUGCGUCGCAUAGCACCGAUCAUGUCGCCUAGCAACCUUGACAGCACCUAACUUUUUUUAUUAUAAAAACUUGAGGUUUUAAGGCCCUUUGUUUUUUAACAGUUGUACGGUUAGCUGUUGGACUGAUUUAAAAGUGUAAUGUUCGGGUACUCUGUCAGCGUUUGCUGUCAUUUUAUACACACACACUGACUCUUGGGAUAAGUUGGGGCCAUGAAGGAUCCACCCAUUGGAGAGGAAAAGAAGACUGCAUUUCUUUGCAGCCUUAUUGCAGCCUUAGUAAUAUAUAUAUAUAUAUAUAUAUAUACAGUUUGGCACAUUAUGAAACCAUGAGUCUUCAUUUUUACUUUAGUUUUUAUAUGAAUCAAAAAAACAAGCUCUAGUAUACAAAUAAGUGAGUUUUUAAGAUGCUAGUAAGGAUAUUUUCUUAACGUUAGACAGCUCCAGGCUAGCUGUUUCUGCCUGUUUCCAGUCUUUAUGCUAAGCUAAAAUAAGCUAAAACAUCUAAACCAUCUCCUGGCUUUAUCGCAGAGAAAUGACAGUGGUAUUGAACUUUGCAACAAAGCUAAUAAGUGUACUUCCCAAAAUAUUGAACUACUCCUUUAAGUAUUUAUUUAGCAUGCUUCAUUCCAAAAAUAAUAUGGUAUUUAUUUCUGUCAUUGCUAUAUUAGAUACAUUUGCCUAUCAAGUCCUAUUGUGUCAUUGUAUAGAAAGAGUAAAAUUAAUAAAAAAUGGAAAAUUAAAAAAAUAAAAAGCAAAGAAAAAAGACCGAACGCGUGUGCCACCGAGCAAUGCUGUUAGAAGGAGUGAUGUGAUGCCUCUGUCAGGGAAUAGCCUACAACAGUUUCUACAUUGGAUAUUUCAUGACACCAUCAUGUUUUUUUUUCAGUCCACUGCAUGGCUUCAUGAGGGGGUUAGUAUUGCAUGAUUAUUUUUACCAUAUUUUGAGAAGCUGAGCUGUUUUCUGUGAACGGGUACAAUGAAAAUAUGGUGUAAAUUCUGCGUAAAAAAAAUGUCCCGGCAAAUUCAAGCACAAAGCCAUUGCAGCAUAACUUUCACUUUCAAAGCGAAAGUUCUUCUUUCACAGUUGUUUUAUUUUCUCUGUCUAUCUUUCCCUCCCCCCUUCCCCUGCUCCUCCUCCACCCCGUCUUCCCCUGAACUGUUCUAGGCUGACGUCUGAAGUCACUGGAAUGGGCACACUCUAAUUUCUACCCAUCUUCCCUCAGUGCAUCACAUGACCCUUAAGAGCUUAUUGCAUUGCACCUAGUUCAUUUAUUUAUCUCUAUAUUGGACAGUCCUGAUAUUUAAGUGACUUUAACUUUUAUAAUUUCUAGUAUCUACUGUAAACAUGUGUAUCUGCACUGUCACUAGGAUUCUUCACGCCUAACUGAAACCGUGUUGUCUCUGUUUCUGAAAGGUCACUUUACUUUUUUGACACUCUAGUACCUUUCAUGGCAUCUCAUGCGCUGCACUGCUUUGUUUUACCUCAUAUUUUAACACAUCACUGUACCUUUGUUUUUGCUCUGCAGGCACCUGAAAGUAUAUGCAAAGUAAACCUAAAAAUUGGUGUAACAAUUUAAAAGAAGGUUGUCCCUUCUCCACACCACAUUGACACAUUUUUACUCCAUAUUUAGACUACUACAGACAAUGCAUUAUUCAACACAAAUCUUCAACAACUAUAAACCUGAUGCUUUUUUCAAGUUCAUUUUACACUGACUUCAGGAUUGAUGAAAUGAGUGUUUUACUGUGUGCCUGUGUGCCUGUCUUAGUGCCGUAUGUACACCAUAGAUUGAUCUGCAUGAUGCACAAAACCUAUUGUAUUUCAAAUUCAUUUUAAAAUCAAUCAUGUAGAAGCAAAGACUGAAUGGUGACAGGGAAUUAAACAAGCCAUGAACGGUCUUUUUAUGAUCCGUAUGUGUCACUCUGACUCCAGUUUGAAAGUACCUCAUGGAUAAAGGCCAGUAAAUAUUUAUUCCAAUGCACAAUAUAUGUGUCUCUCUGAGUUUCAUCUGAACAGACAAAAAGGUUGGAUGGAAAAAUGAAAAUAAUUCAAGAGAAUGACUACAGUGACGAUUGAAAUUCAAAUGCAUGCUAUAAAUGCACCCCCGUUUUAUUCACAUAUAUUCCACAAACAUGUACUCAUGUUAUUCAUUCAUCUCAUAGCAACAAAGUAUAAGAGGCAUGAGUCAUUUGGAAAGGUCUGGAAAUUGUCCAAUGUAUAUUUGCACUCACAUGUAGCUAGUAAUGUCUUCAGUGUGUGUCAAAAGGGCUCACAAGCUCCUGGGAAGCAAAGACUCUCAUUAUUCAAUCAUGUCUGUUUUUCAGCUCCUUCCUGCUACAGUUUGGUAGGCUACAGAAAAAAAUGUAGUGUUUCUGGUUAGCAUGUAUGAAACAUUGGCAUGUAUAAAACAUAUCUUUUAACGUAUGCAUCUACAAUGAACCAAGUCAUUGGUUUUGCAGGCCUACUGUACAUAUACAUGUAUGUAUGACUCCCACUGUACUCACCACCUACUGUAAGACAGUAUCUCCGUAGUUACACCAGGCUGUAUAUCUGUUCCACCCAACUUGAGGCCCCGGUUGAUCAAACUAAAGCUGAAUGUAUUUCAAAAUAUGUUUUAACUGCUAACAUUUACAUGUCAUACAGGAAUAAAUCACCUUCAGUGGUGUCUUUUUAACCAUGUACUUAAAUGAGUACGGUAUAAUAUGAUGCAGAAUGAUAUAUAAUGUAGAGAAGAUUUUGUAAGGUUGGGCACUCAAACGGGUGUGUUACAGAUUACUUAUUUAAAAUUGUAAUCUACACUUUAUUACAUGAGAUACAUACAAUGUUAUGUAAUCCGAUUAUUUUAGGUUAUGUUGAAUAUAAAACAUAAACUUAAACAACUAACUUUCCUGUAUUUUCUGCAAACAUAUAUGAAUGGAUGGCCUUACUAGUAUCUGUAGCUGUCAUUUCAAAAUGCAGGCUAUAAGAUAAAGAAAAAAUAUAUAUACAUAUAUAUCACUCCACAGUAACACAUGACACUCCAGAUUUCAGGUAGCUACUAUUUUAAAUCCACAUUACCAAACACAGUUACACAUUUUACUCCCAAAGCCUGGAUAUGCAUUACUCCAAUACUAAUCAUAGACAUAAUGUUUAGGGAACAAAAUUUGUGUCAUUGCAGUUUAGGCUCAGGUAUUUGGCUUUUGGCUAGCAUUGAUUAUACAUAGAUUAUGAUGACUCAGUGAUAUGUUGUUGUUAAAACAAGGCUGCUUUACAGUUACUUGUACAUUACAAGUAACUGUAAAGCAGUACAUGACACAUUGCUUCACAUUUACAUUGCAAAUGUAAAAUCUGUACAUUAGCACUCCAUAUGUGUUUGAGAUGAAAUAAUUGAAGACUGGCUGAUUGAGGGCGAAAAGGUUUUUAAGGUGUCAUUAAAAAAUGUCCAUUAUCUACAGAAUCUGAUCAUUAAUAUCUUCUUUAAAAUGCAUAUUAAUACUUGUGUUUGUAGGUUUAAGGUGUCUGCUGGUUAAUGCAGGCAGGUCAGCCAAGAUAUAGUCAUGCUAUUUUACAGUGUGACCAGUUUGAAAAUAUCUCAGUUGCCUUUUUGACUGUCAUACUUCUAUCGUUCAUACUCAUGGCAUUGCUCAUGUUUCAUCGACCCGCAAUGCUGUGUAGGCCGAACACCUCUUUUGUUGCUUCUGUCAUUUUAGUGAUACAUUAACACUUUUUUGUUCCUGUGCUAGAGCAGCAAAAAAAUAAAGGUUAGCGCUGAGGUGAUAUAAAUAAUGCUGUUUGAAGAAAUGUGUCAGACCAUGUUUAUGUUUGAUCAUUUGCUUCAUGAAGGUCUGUAUUGGAUUUAUUAUUUAUUGAGGUUGAUUCUGAAAUGUUUUGUAAAAAGAAGAGAAUAAAGUUUGUGUUUUUCCCUUGA